UUGGAGAUUCUUGAGGAGUUUACUGAGCCCGAUUCUCAAUCCAGCACUUCGUCAAUAGUUGGGAAGAUGGGAAAGCAACUUACUAUCCAAUCUCAGGAAAUUAUUGAUGAGGAGAUGACGGAUGCGGAUAAUGGUUCGAAGGACAAAAGCGUCGGUAUAGCUGAAGGACCUCAAAAAAGACCUAUCGAAGUUAACUCUGAAGAGGCGAAUACCACUCAAGAUAAAUCUCCCAGUAAGAAGCCAAAGAAGGAAGUUAAAAACGAGGAUUCCCAGAUGCUGAAACGACUUAUCAAGGAGUUAACUACUAAUAGUCCGCAGGUAUCUGAAAUUAGUGAAGAAGCGAUGUCUAGGUCAUCUGAAGAUUUACUUUAUUUAUAUAAUAAUAUUACUAAUUCUGAAUUGCGAAAAGAGAUUGCAAGUAGAGAAGUUAUCAGGUCAUAUUUUUUGUUUGGAAAAGCGGUAUCACAACGUUUUGAGUAUUAUUAUGAAAAAUCGCGUAAUUUACAACAAGCUCAAAUAGACGUUAACGAUGAGCUAAAAGAAAAACUCCCCGACGCUUCUGAGAAUGCCCGUAACAAAAGAAAGGAAAGAGCCCAGAAAAUUUAUUUCCUUUUCAGUAGCAUAGGUGUCGAAAAAAUAGAAUUG